AAACCGCCAAAAUCUUGAAAUCGCUGUGCCGAUCCCGUCGCUAUCUCUCUCUCUCUCACACACACACACACACACACAGAGCAUUGGAUUAGGGUUCCGCCCCCAAUCCGACCGUCGCCGAUGGCCGAAGACUUAACCGCCAGCGAAGAAAACCUCGACCGUCCCCAAGAAAUAAACGCCACUAGCGACGACAAGCCAUCUGAUACCGCCCCCUCCGACACUGGCCCGGAAGCCACAUCGCCGCCGCCUCCGCUGCCGCCGCGACGAGGAAUCCGAGACCGUGAACGUGACUCUAGAGAGCGGCGCGACGAUCGGGACUCUGACCGACCGCCGCGGCGUGACUACUAUGACCGCAAUCGAUCGCCGCCGCCACCGCGCGAGAGGGAUUUUCAUAAGCGGGGCCGGCUGAGUCCCAGUCCUCCUCCUCCAUCCUAUAGAGACCGACGCGGGGGAGGUCCGUAUUCUCCGCCUCCGAGAAGAUCGCCGCCAAUUCCUCCGUAUAAGCGAAGGAGGGAUGAUGGUUACGACGGAAGGAGAGGGAGCCCUAGAGGAGGACAUGGGCGAGGCGACCGAAGGUUUGGAUAUGAUUACCCUGGUGGAUAUGAGCGUGAAAAUGGCGGUAGACCUGGUUAUCCUGAUGAAAGGCCUCAUGGUCGAUAUAUGGGCCGUGGAUCUGGUGGCUAUCAAGAUUGGGAUUCUGGUCGUAGUGGUUUCGCUGACGCUUUCAAUUUGAGGGGAGCCCAGAGGGAAGGAAUGAUGUCUUAUAAGCAAUUCAUUCAGGAGCUUGAAGAUGAUAUACUGCCAGCUGAAGCAGAGCGCAGGUAUCAAGAGUACAAGACAGAGUAUAUAUCAACCCAGAAAACAAAUUUCUUUAAUGCACAUAAGGAUGAAGAGUGGUUAAAAGACAAAUAUCACCCAACAAACUUGCUUGCUGUCAUUGAAAGGAGGAAUGAACUUGCGCAAAAAUUGGCGAAGGACUUUCAGGCUGAUCUCCAGAGUGGGAAUUUGGAUUUAGGUCCUGGUUUUAAUCCUUCCUCAUUGAACAAAGCAGAACAGUCCAGCGACCCUAAGUCUGAUGAUGAAGAAAAUGCGGGUGGCAAAAGAAAGCAGCCUGGUCGAAGUGGUGCCAAAGAUUCUGAUCAUUCGUCCGCCCCAAAAGCUCAUCCAGUCUGUUCUGAGCCGAAAAGAAUUCUGAUCGAUAUUGAACAAGCACUUGCUCUUGUACAGAAACUGGACACAGAAAAAGGAAUCGAAGAUAAUGUCUUAUUUCGAGCCGAGAAUGAUAGAAUGAGCAGAGAUAAGUCUCAUGGAAGUUCAAGUGGUCCAGUCGUUAUCAUACGAGGUUUAACUACGGUCAAAGGUCUUGAGGGUACUGAGCUUCUGGACACCCUUCUCACUUACCUCUGGCGCAUUCAUGGAGUUGAUUAUUACGGAUUGGUUGAAUCAAAUGAAGCCAAAGGUCUACGACAUGUUAGAGUGGAGGUCAAGAAUUCUGACGCGAUUGCUAAUGCGAAUGAUUGGGAGAAUAAAUUAAAUUCUCAUUGGCAAGAGAGGCUGAAGGGUUCAGAUCCUCUGGAAAUAAUGACGGGAAAGGAGAAGAUAGAUGCUGCUGCUAAUGAAGCUUUGAAUCCUCAUGUGCGUAAAAUUAGGGAUGAAAAAUACGGGUGGAAGUUUGGAUGUGGGGCGAAAGGUUGUACAAAGCUCUUUCAUGCUGCCGAGUUUGUGCAUAAACAUUUAAAGUUGAAACACCCGGAACUCGCGGUUGAGUUGACGACAAAAGUGCGCGAAGAGUUGUAUUUGCAGAACUACAUGAAAGAUGAAAAUGCACCUGGAGGGAAACCUGUCAUGCAGCCAUCUUUGAAGGAGAAGCUACUAAGACGUAGGCCUGGCCCAGAUAAUAAUAAUAGAAUGAAUAACGAAAGAGGUGAUCGUAAUUACCGUGCCAAUGGAAAUGAACACUUUGACAGGCCUGAGAAUUCGCAAUCUGGGGAUUUUGCUAAUCAAGAUGGUGCUUCUGGGAACAAUGCAGAUGAUCCAAUGUAUGAUUCAUUUGGUGGGCAAGGCAUUCCUCUUACUUACGCUUCGGAUGUACCUCCUCCAGUGCUAAUGCCUGUUCCUGGUGCUGGUCCUAUGGGACCUUUCGUUCCCGCACCUCCUGAAGUUGCUAUGCAAAUGAUGCGAGACAGAGGAGGAGGCCCUUCUCCGUUUGAAGGGGGCAGAAACGGACCUUCCCCAAUUAUUGCAUUGCCCCCAAGACAUCGACAGGAUCCUCGGAGUCUACGAAGCUAUAAUGACCUGGAUGCUCCAGACGACGAAGUCACAGUUAUAGAUUACAGGAGUUUGUAAGUGCUCGGUUCUUUUCAGUCAUCCUCUUUUAAAAAGCAGCAACAGUUCCCACAAUUAUAGGGCCUGUCAAGACGCAAGCAGAUAUUUGUUGAGUUUUGCCGUAAGAUUCUUUCCUCGCUGAGCGACGACGACCGAUUUGUAAAUUAGUUGCAAAUCAAAACAUGAAGUUCAGUGAGAUCAUCAUACUUCUGGACUUGCGUUUCUAUUGUUAUUUGAUUUUUGAAAGAAAUUUUUUUAUUUUGUGGAAGCAGAGUAAUAUGAAGGUUUAUUGUUGGAUGACUUGAUAUAGGAAAUAAGAAAAUUAAAUAGACGAUGGAUUUAUUAUGGCUAAUUGUUGUCAAUCGAGUUUUUUAAGACAUCUUAAAAUCCAAGUGUUCGGUCGGAUGGAUUUGUGGCCAACUGCACUACAUAAAUGAUUGGUUUGUGAAGAUGUAAUGUCAGAAUAACACAAACAGUUUGAAAUAUGUGUAACACAAGCAUUCUA